AUAAAAGUUGCUAUAAUUUAAUUGAGUAAAUCAGAAUCAUAUCGAAAAGCAUUCAUUGCACACUGCUUCGAGUUUAGUCAAAAAAGUCAAACCUAUUCUCAACAUGAAGUUCGUCUUUGCCGUAGUCAUGUUGGCUCUUGCUGUCGGAGUCCAAUCAUCCUUGUUAACUGCCCAGGUGGCUCCUGGUGUUUCAUAUGUUACGCCCGCUCUUCACCAUGGUGCAUGGGGUGCUCCUUGGGGAGGUCCUUGGGCUGGCGCCUGGGAUGGACACUGGGCUGGUGCUUGGGAUGGCGCAUGGCAUGACGGUGCCUGGGGACACGGUGCAUGGGGUGGCCAUCCUGGAAUCUCUUUAAGCCAAGGUCCAGGACAUGCUCACGCUGCUCAUGGACCCGGUGUAUAUGUAGCCAAGACCCGCGGUGCUGUCCAUACUGCUCCUUUGGCUGGCCAUGUUAACUCCGCCACAUCGGUUAAUGUAGCCCCUGCCCCUGGCACUCAUUAAAUCUUAGCCCUCAACUCUGACAAUCUUAAGAACUGAUACAUGACACCAAACUAGUUUUAAACAAGCUACGCCACCUCAAGUUUCGCUAUACAUCACUGAAGUUUCAAAUGGUAUUCCCUUCAAAGGCCUUCAACAUCGUCAAAGCACACACCCACUUCAUCAUCCGAUUUGUAAAGGUCUUAAAGCGCACAUCAUCUAUCUCAGUUUUCGGAGUCCUAUACACCAUUUACAUCAACAACUAACGCCUGAAAUGCUGAACACAAUUGGGGGAACUCUCAAGACAAGAAAAAAAGUCAAUGGUUAAAUGGAAAUUGUUAACUGCUCUUUCUAUCUGCAUUUCUCACACUCAUUAACUGUAAAUAUUUAAUAAGUAUUGCAACAAAAUAAAUCUCAAGAAAAGAUAAAAA